AUGCCACUCGAGAUGCUCCUCCGAUCUUUCUUCAUUGCGACCAUAUCUUCUAAAAAAUACCUUUUGAUACCCUCACUGAAAUUACUGUCUUUCUUCUCGAAGCCGGGGCGGAGCUACCUUUUCAAUGUAGACCGGAACCCUGUCCUCCACGGAAUCCUCAAGAAGACGUUUUAUAACCAGUUCUGUGCCGGCGAGUCGAAGCAAGAAACUAAGGCAUGCUGCAAGGCUUUGACCGAUCUCGGCUUCAAGGGAAUUAUCCUCACGUUCGCCAAGGAAAUGGUGUUCGACCACAGGAACAAAGCACCAGAAGCCCCCCCUGAGCAAGCAGCAAAAGUAGAGACUGUAGCAGCACACGACCAAUUGAUAGAAGAGUGGCGCGUAGGAACGCUCGCCACGGUCGACAUGAUCGAGAAAGGCGACAUCCUUGCGCUCAAGACCACCGGCGGCGGGCCCACUGUGGGAGAAGCCUUCCACAGGGGCGAGCUACCUCCGCAGCAGAUGAUGGAUGCCCUGGACGAAAUCGCGACCAGGUGCAAGGAGCGCGGCAUCCAGAUCAUUGUCGACGCCGAGUCGCAGUACUUCCAGAAGGGCAUCGCACGCACCGCGCUGGAGCUGAUGCGGAAGUUCAACCGCGAGCCUACUGUCGUCAUCUACAACACGUACCAGGCGUAUCUCAAGAACCAGCCUAAGUACCUACAACAGCAUCUCGCCGAGGCAGAGAAGGACGGCUUCACUCUGGGUCUGAAGCUCGUUCGGGGGGCAUACAUUCUUUCUGACGACCGGUCUCUGAUCCACGAUACAAAAGAGGACACCGACGCUGCGUACAACGGCAUCGUGGACGGCGCGCUCCACCAGAAGCUCUGGGACUUUGGUGUCUCGCGGCCAUUCCCGGCGACCAACCUGUUCCUGGCCAGCCACAACAAGCACAGCCUCAUCACGGCACAGCGGUUACAAGCGCAGCGGGAGAAAGACGGGUUGCCCACUGUGCCGAUUGCAUUCGCGCAGCUGCACGGUAUGUCCGACGAGGUUGGGUUUUCGCUGUUGAAGGAACAGUGUGCGGAUGGGAAGGCACCUGAUGUGUUCAAGUGCUCGACUUGGGGCAGUAUGGGCAAUCUAGGGACACCGAUUCUGAGUAGUUUGAUGGGAGCACCAGAAAGUGCUCGGGUGCAAUUCACAAAUUACGUAGCCUGCGUGCACAGCGCUGCAUCGGAAGAACGAUUAUCAAAGCGCUUCCCCAAGGAGAAAGAGUCCGGGAAACUAGUCAUCUCGCGCGGCCAAAACGCCAAAGCAGUGUCAGAUGCCUCCGUCAUAAUCCUGGGCGUGGAUCCCGCGGACGUCGAAGCAACACUCAAGCAGGACGGCGUCGGGGCAGCUCUCAAAGGCAAACUCCUCAUCAGCAUCGCGGCAGGCUGGGCGCGCGAAACUCUCGAAAAAAUCAUCUCCUCUACCCAAGGCUCCCCCAGCAACGACUCGAGAACUUGGGUCCUCCGCACCCUCCCCAACGUCGCAGCCCAAGUCUCCCAAUCCCUCACCGCAAUCGAAGACCCCGACCCCGACACCCCCCACAAACACAUCAAAACCUGCGAAGCCAUCUUCAACCAAAUCGGCCGCACCGUGCAACUCGCGCCGAAGCUCAUGGGCCCCGCAUCCGCGAUCGGUGGCUCCACGCCCGCCUUCUGGGCCAUCAUCUGUGACGCCUUCGUCGAUGCCUCGGUCGCGGUAGGCGUCCCCCGGAAAGCCGCACAGGACAUGAUAUACCAGAGCAUGCGGGGCUCGGCGGCGAUGCUGCAGAGCGGGAUCCAGCCUGGGGAGCUGCGUGAUAUGGGGACGAGUCCGGAGGGGUGCACGAUUGGGGGGAUCAUGGUGAUGGAGGAGAUGGGGGUGAGGGGCGCGUUGGGGAAGGCGUUGAGGGAGGCGGUGACGCUGGCGAGGUUGAUGGGGAAUGAGAGGGAAGGGUUGCAUGUUAACGAUACGAGG